AUGUCUUCAAUCCCAGGCAGUACGCGUUUGCCUGUCGGUAAUAAGGACUUUACAAAUGCCACAGUAGUCAUUAUAGGUGCCGGCAUUUCGGGGAUGUGUAUGGCCAUUGACCUCAUCAAGCGAAACAAAUGUUACAACUUUGUGAUUCUGGAGAAGAGCAGUAGUGUAGGAGGAACUUGGAAUGACAACAAAUAUCCAGGUUGUUGUUGUGACGGUUGGUCGCCCCGCCCAUUUUAUCCACGUACGAACAUCAUUGUUGACAUAGCAUAUCUCGUUAGCAUAGCCGAGAAGUACGGUCUCUACAAGCACAUCCGAUUCAACUCUACAGUCGAAGAAGCGCGCUGGGAUGACGAAGAGUCGAAAUGGAAAGUCUCUGUUCAAGUCUCUGGGCACAAGAUAGCGACUGAAUCUUCCGCGCGAGCCCGAUAUCCCGGAUUAAAGGAAUUCCAGGGCAAGAUGAUGCAUUCUGCCCGAUCGGACUGGAGUUAUAAUUUGAAAGGGAAACGAAUCGCGAUUAUUGGCAACGGUGCAACGGCCGCCCAAAUAAUCCCCGAAAUCGCAAAGGAAGCAUCUCAUCUCACGGUGUUCCAGCGGACUCCGAAUUGGGUGAUUCCUCGUCGUGAUGCCCCAGUCUCGGCGUUUCAACAAGCCUUAUUAACAUACCUUCCACCGCUUCGCUGGCGCAAGCGAGCUUUACAAAUGGAUUUCAGAGAAGGAUUCCAUGACGCGAUCUUCGACGAAUUACGGGAAAGGGCAUCGAAAUCGAGGGGGGCUGGCGAGCAGGAAUAUGACCUUAUCGUGCUUGCGACCGGAUUCAAGACUGUCGACUUCAUGUACCCCAUCCAGGUCUAUGGUUCUGGAGGUCGCACUUUAGGCGAUAUCUGGAACGGUGGUGCGAAGGCCUACUAUGGCAUGACUGUUGAAGAUUUGCCCAAUUUUGGCAUGUUUUACGGCCCUAAUACAAAUCUUGGACAUAACUCUAUUAUCUUGAUGAUCGAGGCUCAAUCACGAUAUCUCAAUACGAUGGUUGGCGAGGUGAUUCAGGCUCGGCAGCAGGGAAUGACCCUGGCUUUUAAACCCAAGCCCAGUAUCCUGGAAGAGUAUAAUGAUCGCAUACAAAAGUUACUAAGGGAGAGUAGCUUUGCUGAUCCUAAUUGCAAUAGCUGGUACAAGCAAGACGAUGGAAAUAUUACCAACAACUGGUCUGGGACCGUCGUUGAUUACCAGCAAAACCUGUCCCAGGUGCAGUGGGAGGACUAUAUUGCCGAGGGCUCUGGAAAAUACGUCGUUGUUGACAAAAAGCCUUCUCGUAUUGGUCGAGUUCGUGAGGAAACGCUGUUCAGCGAUACCUCUCUGCUCAUUGGAGCCGCUAGUAUUCUGGCAGCAGCUGGUGGGUACCUUCUGGCUCGGCCUCGACUUAUGAGGGCAUGA